CUAUUUGAGAUUGGCAACCGUGACUGCAACUUACUUAUGGAAUUAGCGUGAACUUGUGUGUGUACGAUUUCUUAUUUACACACUGAAAAUGCCGCCUGCUGAAAAUAAUGUACCACUUGGACAACCUCAGCUUAAAAAGCAAGAUCUGUCAACUCUAGAUAUAAAUAGCUUAACGCCAUUAACAGAAGAAGUAAUCAGUCGGCAGGCAACAAUUAAUAUUGGAACAAUUGGUCAUGUAGCACAUGGCAAAUCAACUGUUGUUAAAGCAAUAUCUGGUGUACAGACUGUAAGAUUCAAAAAUGAGCUGGAACGUAACAUUACAAUCAAAUUGGGUUAUGCCAAUGCAAAGAUUUAUAAGUGUGAUUAUGAGAAUUGUCCACGACCAGGUUGUUAUAAAUCUGCAAGAAGUAGCAAAGAAGAUGAUUUUCCCUGUGACAGGAUAGGAUGUCCUGGUAGAUUUAGACUUCUCAGGCAUGUGUCUUUUGUUGACUGUCCUGGUCACGAUAUUCUUAUGGCUACUAUGCUUAACGGUGCUGCUGUAAUGGACGCGGCUCUUCUUUUAAUAGCUGGAAACGAAUCCUGUCCUCAGCCACAGACUUCUGAACAUUUAGCAGCCAUUGAAAUUAUGAAACUCAACCAUAUUCUAAUUCUUCAGAACAAAAUUGAUUUGGUUAAGGAAUCGCAAGCGAAAGAACAAUAUCAACAAAUCUUGAAGUUUGUUCAAGGCACUGUAGCUGAAGGUGCUCCAGUUAUACCCAUUAGUGCUCAACUCAAGUACAAUAUCGAAGUUGUUUGCGAAUACAUUGCAAAAAAGAUACCUGUUCCAGUUAGAGAUUUCACAUCAGAACCAAGACUUAUCGUUAUUCGAUCUUUUGAUGUGAAUAAACCUGGAUGCGAAGUCGAGGAUCUUAAAGGAGGUGUAGCAGGUGGAAGUAUUCUUCGAGGCGUGUUGAAGGUUGGAAUGGAAAUUGAAGUUCGUCCUGGUAUUGUUACUAAAGAUGAUGAAGGGAAACUUAUGUGUAAGCCUAUUAAAUCAAAAAUAGUGUCUCUUUUUGCUGAGCAGAAUGAUUUAAUGUUUGCCGUACCUGGUGGAUUAAUUGGUGUAGGAACAAAAAUUGACCCAACAUUGUCACGAGCAGAUCGAAUGGUUGGUCAAGUAUUGGGAGCUGUUGGUGCUUUGCCUGAGAUUUUUACAGAACUUGAAAUUUCAUAUUUCUUGCUGCGUCGAUUGUUAGGUGUUCGUACAGAAGGAGAUAAAAAGGGAGCAAAGGUUCAAAAGCUAGCAAAGACUGAAAUCCUGAUGGUGAACAUUGGCUCUUUAUCAACUGGUGGAAGAGUAUUAGCAGUUAAAGCUGAUUUAGCAAAAAUUAGUUUGACAAACCCUGUAUGUACAGAAGUGGGUGAAAAAAUUGCUCUUAGCCGUAGGAUAGAUAAGCAUUGGAGAUUGAUUGGAUGGGGAAUGAUUAGGAGAGGUGUUACAACAAAACCUGUUGUGUAGGACUGGUGUAUAUACAAGUUGAAUGUUAUUUUGUAAUAUGGCUCGAUGUAAUGCUAAUAAAGGAUGGAAAUGAACAUUGUUUUUUAAAGGUAUAAUGAACAUCAUAGGCACAAGAAAUUUUUAUGUCAUGUGUAACAGUAUUAAAUAAACACUGUUGCUAAAUUGUU